CGCUCGGUUCGCUCCGGGCCGGCUCAGUCCCUCUCGGUUCUCCCCGGUUCUUCCCGGCCCCACUGCCCGCCUGGUGCCAGUAGCGCGACCGGCUGGGCCCCCCCUCGCUGGGCCCCUCCCAGCCGGGGCUCCGGGCAGAAGCCGCAGCUUCGGUUUCGCUUCCCAGCCGGAACCAACAGCCGCGGGAGGUGUGCGGAGCUGUGGGGAUGGAGCUGCGGGGGUACCAGCGGGAGGCGGUGGGUCCGGCCUUGCGGGGCCUCAACAGCAUCAUCUGCCUGCCCACGGGGGCUGGGAAGACCCGCGCCGCUGCCCACGUCUGCCGGCAGCACCUGGAGAACCGGCGGGGCGGGCGGGUGGCAGUGCUGGUCAAUAAGGGGCACCUGGUGGAGCAGCACGCCCAGAAGGAGUUCCAGGAGUUGCAGAGAGACUUCGUGGUGACGGCCAUCAGCGGGGACAGCAGCCAAAAGUUCUUCUUCGCCAGUCUGGCAAAGCAGAGUGACAUUGUCAUCUGCACGGCCCAGAUCCUGCAGAACGCGCUGAGCAGCAAGGAGGAGGACUCGCGUGUGGAGCUGACAGAUUUCUCUCUGCUGGUGAUAGACGAGUGCCACCACACUCACAAGGAAGCUGUCUACAACAAGAUCAUGCUGAGCUACCUCCAGCGAAAGCUCAGUGGGCAGGAGGAGCUGCCACAGAUCCUGGGCCUCACCGCGUCCCCCGGCACCGGGGGGGCAACCUCCUUUGAGGGGGCUGUCGAGCACAUCCUGCAGAUCUGUGCCAACCUGGACACCGAGAAGAUCACAUCAGUGCAAGAGGAGCUGCAGCAGCUGCAGAGCCAUGUCCCUGAGCCUAGGAAGCAGCAUGACCUGUUCCAGGAGAGAGCAGAGGACCCCUUUGGUGAGCGGCUGAAGAAGAUGAUGGAGCAAAUCCAUCAGCACAUGGAGCUGCCCAGCCUGCCGCAGGACUUUGGCACGCAGAGUUAUGAGCAGCGCAUCGUGGAGGUGGAGACGAGGGCGGCAGAGAUGUUCUGUCACAAGCAGUGGGUGUGUGCGCUGCACCUGCGCCAGUACAACAACGCGCUGCUGGUGAGCGACGCGGUGAGGAUGAUCGAUGCCUUCCAGUGCCUCCAGCAGUUCUAUGCCACCCAGCAGGAUGUGAAGGACCCCACUGAACAGUUCCUCACAGCCAUCUUUGAGGAGAACAGGAGCAUCCUGCAGGCGCUCGCCACAGAUCAGAGCUAUGAGAACCCCAGGCUGAGCAAGCUAGAGGAGAUCCUGCGGGAGCACUUCCAGCCCCAUGGCACUUCUCGUGGCAUUGUCUUCACCCAGACCCGUCAGAGUGCCCACAGCCUGCUCAGCUGGCUGCAGGACACAGCUGCACUCCGUGGGAACCACAUCAGGGCUGCCGUCCUCACUGGUGCUGGUUACAACAACCAGGCCAGGCACAUGACACCGAAUGAACAGCAGGAUGUGAUCAAGCAGUUCCGCAAGGGAACCCUCAACUUGCUCUUCUCUACCAGUGUGGCUGAGGAGGGUCUGGAUAUCCCUGAGUGCAACAUCGUGGUUUCCUAUGGGAUGAUGACAAACGAGAUUGCCAUGAUGCAGGCUCGUGGUCGUGCUCGUGCCCAGGACAGCGUCUAUUCCAUCCUCGCCAAAGCCAACAGCAGAGAGGUCUCACGUGAGCUGCUCAACGAGAAACUGGAGAAGCUCAUGGAGAGGGCAAUCAGAGCAGUGCAAGCAAUGCCUGAGCAGGAAUAUCGCCUCAAGAUCACAGAGCUGCAGCAAGCAGCCGUUGCCAGCUGGCUGAUGAAGGAGGCCAGGCUCAGUGAGCGGCAGCGGCUGCACGACCCAGAUGCUGUUUACUUCCACUGCAUCAACUGCAACAUGGCCGUGUGCCGCGGCAGUGACAUCCGCACAGUGGUGGGCGUCCACCAUGUCAACAUCAACCCCAGCUUCAGGCGCUAUUACAAAGUUGUAUCUGAGAAACUGAAGUUUUCACAGGAGUUCAAGGAGUGGGAGCCCGGCUGCCGCAUCGCAUGCCAGGAGUGCAGCCAGGCCUGGGGACUAGAGAUGAUCUACAGGCAGGUGAAGCUGCCCAUCCUCUCCAUCAAAAACUUCGUGGUGGAGACACCAGCUGAGAAGAAGAAGUACAAGAAGUGGAGCGCCGUGACAUUCCCCAUCGAGGACUUUGACUACCUGGAGUAUUGCUCCAGUGCCCUUGGCCAGUCCCUCUAGCGUGGGCACUGCUCAGGAGAGGACUAUUCCGGGCCAACUCCAGGGGCAGUGGGACCCUCCCCAUCAGGCCUCGCUUCGUGAAGCCUCUUGUCCUCCAUUAAAGCCCCGUGU